CUUUUCUUUGUUCCAAUGUUGCGAGCCGCAGCCGCAGUUGCCAUUCUCCGGCCGCGUCAUCGACCGAGCUCGUUCUCGCCGAAGCUCAUCGUCGCCAGUGUCUCCGGCCACCCUGCCGCUCCGUCCUCGUCAUCAUCAAGCAGCCUGUCUCUUCUGCUCGCCACUGCUUCCACUGAGACUGCUGCUGCUGCUGCGUUGGCGGCUGGCGCGCGAUGCUUCACUUCGAGCUCGAGCUCGAGCACGGCUACCUCCUCCUCGUCUUCAUCCUCCGCGUCGUCCUCCGCCUCGUCCACGUCGCAGGCGUUCUCAUCGAUGGCCACAAGCUCAGUGAACGUGCCCAUGCGAGCUGCGGGAUUUGGACUCGGAUCGGGUUCUGCGUCCGUUCUUGACGGUUCGAUGAUGAUGAUGAUGACCACUGCGACUCAACCAGCGCCGAGCAAGCGACCCUUCCACUCGCGGGCCAACAUGGUGUUGGCGCGCGGUGGGGACAAGGGUGGUUCAGGAUCCGGCAGUGGCGGAAACGGCGGAAAUGGCGGAAAUGGCGGAAACGGUCCUACCGAUGGCAAAGUCCCUCCGGAAGAGUACAAGCCGGAUGUCACGGCAAAAGAGACCCCGAAGGACAGCAAAGACAGCAAAGACAGCAGCAGCAGCAAGGACACCACCGGCAGCGAGUCCGAGUCUGGCAAGGACACACCCGUUCACGCGGAAGGCACCGGUACCGCGCCCUCCUCCUCUUCAUCAGAGCACAAACAGCACGCGGCCAAGCCGAGCAAGUCGCGCUCUAGCGCUCGAGCCGAUGCGUCCAGUGGCGAAAGCGAAGCUCCUAGCAGCGCCAAGCCGAGCGACGAGUCUCCAUUCAACUCGACCGACAAGAGUUUGACAGGUGCAACGACUCACGUGGAAGAACGAAGUGGCAAGAGUGCGUCCGCUCGCUUCAACUGCCCCGUGUGCGGCAAUGCGCUCAAGUACCCCGACGAGAUGGCAUUUGGCCAACCGCGGCAGUUCAUGGUGUGCACGCACUGCAGCUCGAUUCUCUUGCUGAUGGAGGCCCGCGCGUUCGACUCGUCCCCGCACUUCCCCAAAUCGGGCGAUGGAGCGUCUGCAUCACCCUCAUCGCAAGCCGGCGCUGCUGGCACCACCACCACCAUUCAGACACCUGCAGGAAGUAUCCAGAUCCACGGCAGCUCCGGGCUGGGUGGUGGCCUGUUUGGUGCUGCGUUUGGUCGCCAAGGGGCAUCCAACGCGUCUUGGACCCAGGGCCCCGGCUCUGGGAACACUGCCGGUCCCACGUCGAACGCCAACGCCGCUGCUGGAGCUGCCGCACCGGACUCUACUGCCCAAAGCUUUUUAAACCGAACCAUCCCGACGGCGCAGCAGAUUGGCGCGCAUCUCGAUGCCCAUGUGAUUGGCCAGCAUGCCGCCAAGAAGACGAUUGCUGUUUCCGUGCAUUCGCACUAUGUCCGUGUUCAAGCCAACGCGCGUGUGGCCGCCAAGCAGGCUGCCAGCAAGAGCCGCGAGCCGAGCGCCAGCAAGACCGGCGUGCUUUCCACCCCAAUUUCCCCAGCCAGCGCCAUGGUGACCAAAAAGGUUGUCAUCCAGGGCCAGGAGCACGAGGUGCUCGUUCCUCGUGACGGAGACAUUGUUUUUGAAAAGUCCAACAUUAUGCUCUUUGGGCCGACUGGUUCUGGCAAAACUCAUUUGGCUCGAACUCUCGCCAAGUGUCUCGACGUUCCAUUUGCUGUUGCCGAUUGCACGUCGCUUACCGCGGCAGGAUAUGUCGGCGAGGACAUUGAAAGCGUGCUGCAUCGUCUCAUUGUGGAAUCCGACCACAAUGUUGAGGCGGCGCAGCAGGGCAUCAUCUUCCUCGAUGAAGUCGACAAGAUUGCGCGCUCGUACGAAGGUGCACGUGUGAAGGAUGUUGGUGGCGAAGGCGUUCAGCAGGGUUUCCUGAAGAUUCUUGAAGGUGCCGUUGUCAAUGUGCCGGACAAGGGCGCUCGUAAAACUGCGCAAAACUUUAUUCAGCUGGACACGAGCAACAUUCUUUUCAUUGCUUCUGGUGCCUUCUCUGGGCUUGAGAAACUCGUGGCGAACCGCGUGUCCCAGAGCUCGCUCGGUUUCAAUGCCAGUGUCAAGGCACAGAAUGCAUCAGACAUGGAGUUCUUGGGACAGGUCCAGCCCACCGACUUGCAAAAGUUUGGCAUGAUUCCCGAGUUUAUUGGCCGUUUCCCUCUGCUUGUGCAUCUUGAUGCAUUGUCAGAGAAGGACUUGACUCGCAUUCUUGUCGAGCCCAAGAACGCGCUCAUUCCUCAGUACCAAGCGCUCUUUGCAAUGGAGAAGAUCAACUUGUACUUUACUCCGGACUCUCUGACUGCCAUCGCGCAGCAAGCCAUCGAAAAGAAGACUGGCGCGCGUGGUCUUCGCGCGAUUAUUGACAAGAUUCUGGUUGACACCAUGUACGAAAUGCAUGACUUGGAAAGCGUCCUCAUCACUGCCGAUGUUGUCAAAGGAGUGCGUCCGCCAAUUACGACCAGCAAGCCCGUGGCUGCAGAAGCACCUUCAACCACCGCCACCGCUGAAGCAGCCUCUACAGCCACCACAGACACACCAGCCCCAGUUACAGCAAGUGGAUGAGUCUGUUUGCAACUUUUUGUACUUCUAACCCAAUAGAACUGCCAUGAAUUGUCUGAA